CGUAUAAAACGUCCCUGCAACACGUCUGCCCUGGCUCCACAGAAAGCUCCAAGUACUGACCAGCUGCCAGCCCACAAGCCACACAUCUGGUGUCACGAGAGAGUUCUCUGCUGACAAGCUCCUCCAUAAAGUGCAGCCAUGUCUUCGGAUUCCGAGAUGGCCAUCUUUGGGGAGGCGGCUCCUUACCUCCGAAAGUCAGAGAAGGAGAGAAUUGCGGCCCAAAACAAACCUUUUGAUGCCAAGUCAUCUGUCUUCGUGGUUCAUGCAAAGGAAUCCUUUGUGAAAGGGACAGUCACAAGCAGGGAAUCAGGGAAAGUCACUGUCAAGACUGAAGGGGGAGAGACCCUGACGGUGAAGGAUGACCAGAUCUUCUCCAUGAACCCUCCCAAGUAUGACAAAAUCGAGGACAUGGCCAUGAUGACCCACCUCCACGAACCCGCCGUGCUGUACAACCUCAAAGAGCGUUACGCAGCCUGGAUGAUCUACACCUACUCGGGUCUCUUCUGCGUCACUGUCAACCCCUACAAGUGGCUGCCGGUGUACAACCCCGAGGUGGUGUUGGCCUACCGAGGCAAGAAGCGCCAGGAGGCCCCUCCACACAUCUUCUCCAUCUCUGACAACGCCUAUCAGUUCAUGCUGACUGAUCGGGAGAACCAGUCCAUCCUGAUCACCGGAGAAUCCGGUGCUGGGAAGACUGUGAACACAAAGCGUGUCAUCCAGUACUUUGCAACAAUUGCAGCCAGUGGGGACAAGAAGAAGGAGGAGCAGACAUCAGGCAAAAUGCAGGGAACGCUUGAGGAUCAAAUCAUCAGCGCCAACCCACUGCUGGAGGCUUUUGGAAACGCCAAGACCGUGAGGAAUGACAACUCCUCGCGUUUUGGCAAAUUUAUCAGAAUCCAUUUUGGUGCCACAGGAAAACUGGCUUCUGCUGAUAUUGAAACAUAUCUUCUGGAGAAGUCCAGAGUCACUUUCCAGCUCAAGGCGGAAAGGAGCUACCACAUCUUUUAUCAGAUCAUGUCCAACAAGAAGCCGGAGCUAAUCGACAUGCUUCUCAUCACCACCAACCCAUAUGACUACCAGUUUGUGAGUCAAGGCGAGAUCACUGUCGCCAGCAUUAAUGACCAGGAGGAGCUGAUGGCUACAGACAGUGCCAUUGACAUCCUGGGUUUCAGUGCUGAUGAGAAAACAGCCAUCUACAAGCUGACAGGGGCUGUCAUGCACUAUGGGAAUCUGAAGUUCAAGCAGAAACAACGAGAGGAGCAGGCAGAGCCUGAUGGCACUGAAGUUGCUGACAAGGCUGCCUACCUGAUGGGGCUGAACUCAGCAGAUCUGCUCAAGGCCCUCUGCUACCCCCGCGUCAAGGUGGGAAAUGAAUACGUGACCAAGGGCCAAACUGUGCAGCAGGUGUACAAUUCAGUGGGUGCCCUGGCAAAGGCUGUCUAUGAGAAGAUGUUCCUGUGGAUGGUUGUUCGCAUCAAUGAACAGCUGGACACGAAGCAGCCCAGGCAGUAUUUCAUUGGUGUCCUGGACAUUGCUGGCUUUGAGAUCUUUGAUUUCAACAGCCUGGAGCAG